CUGAGGUUCUGGGCUCCCCUGCCCCUGUCCCUGUCCCUGGAGGAUGCUGAUGCUGGUGCCCAUCGGGCUCCUAGCGCUGGUCCUGCUCUGGGCGCAGACAGGAGUGACCACAGGGAAAACUGCAGACUCGCAGACUGGACAGGAGGUGGCCUGCAUGGUGGCCUGCGAAGAGACAGCAGAGCCACACCUCCCUGUGGGCACCAGAUACACCUACCUAUUCUCCAGCAACACCAGCACCAGCCUGAAGGGGGCGCCACUGGAGGCGAGUGGCCUGGGCCUCCAGGGUUUGGCUGUCCUUGAAGUGCUAGGCCCAUGCCAGAUGACCUUAUGGUUUCAAGACUUCCAGGUGACGUCUGUUCUGGGGCCCCAGGUGAAGGUUCUGAAGGAAUCAGAGAGUUGGAGUGCUGCUCUGGGUCGCAAUCCUCUUGGCUUCAUCUUCAGUGCCGGGCAAGUGGUCCACUUGUGUCCCCACCACUCUGAGCCACGCUGGGCCUUGAACGUGAAGCGAUCAGUUCUGAGCCUUGUGCAGAGCUGUCCGGGGGUCCACGAGUCUAAGACCUUUGAGGAGGAAGACAUCCUGGGCCGGUGUCCCACCACAUACCAGAGCCAAGGGGAUCAGCUGCUCAAGACGAAGGACUUGGCUCUGUGCUCCCUGCACAGAGUCCACUCCUCCCUGUACAGUCAGCCCCUGCCUGGGAUGUCCAGUCUAGCUUCCAGCUUCAACUGCCGGCAGAGCUUCCAGGCCGGUGUACUGCGCGAGGCUGCCUGUGAGGAGCGGUACGUGGCCGGACCCCUGUUCCAGAAGGCCAGCGCUGUGCACACACUGGUGUUCUCCUCCCUCACACUGCUGCGCGUGGUAGCCCAGGACCCAGCCACCACAGAUACAGACUACAGAGAUGUGAGUCCCAGCAGCCUGCAGUACGAAUGGGAGGAGACGCCGUCCCCAGCCACAGUGGCCACGGCAGCUGCAUUAGUGAGGAAGCUGUGUGUGGCUCAGCCUACCAGCUUUGAGGCCACAGAGACAUUCCUGAUGCUGGUGUCUGAGCUCCAAGGCCUUUCUGUGGAUGAGCUGAUUGCAGUCUGGCGCCAUUCAUCUUUUAAAUGCCAUGAUGAUCGGCAUCCACUGGUAGACGCUCUGCCUUCCUGUGGCACCCAGAACUGUGUGGACCUCAUGAAACAGCUCAUCUUGGCGAGGGAGGUGGAAGCAGACCAGGCUGAGGCAUGGCUGUGGUCGCUGGCCUUCAUCCCAAAGCCCACAGAUGCCAUGGUGCUUACACUGUUGCCACUGUUGCAGUCUCCAGGGGCCAGCCCAGGGGCCUUUCUUGGCAUCUCAGCUCUGGUACACAACCUCUGUGCUGCUCUGGAUGGGCACUGCCAACAGCUACCUGGAGCUGGCUCCCUUGUGAAGAUUCUGGGAGAGGCUUUGGGUGUGAACUGCAGCUUCCCGGAGCCUGUGGAUGCUGGUCAGCUUCAGCUUGCACUGAAGGCCAUCGGCAAUGCUGGUCUGGCAGCAGCAGAUCUCGCCCCUGUGCUGAGUGCCUGUGCAUCCCUGAGGGGCGUCUCUCUGGAGAUCCGGCUGGCGGCUCUCCAGGCCUUCCGGAGGAUCCCUUGCUCUGCAGAUAGGUCAGUGCUCUCUCACCUGUACCAAGCUCCCGAGGAGGACACAGAGCUCCGUAUCAAUGCCUACCUGGCUCUGAUGAGGUGCCCCAGUGAGGAGGUGCUUGCCCAGGUGCGGCACACACAGGCAACCGAGCGAUCUACCCAGGUGGGCUCCUUUGUGUGGAGCCACAUCCUGCAGCUGCUGGAGACGGAAGAUCCCCUGAAACGUGACCUUCGGGACUCCCUCCCUGAGGACAUCCUCAGUCAGCCGUUCCAGACAGAGACCUGGAAACACUCCACCUAUUCUGAUGUCACCUUCCGCUCAACAUCUGGCAGCCUGGGAGGCAACCUGGAGAGGACCCUCCUCUUCUCCUCCGGCUCUUUCCUCCCCUGUUCUGCCAUGGUAAACCUCACUGUCCAUGCUGCUGGCCGGGCCUUCAACCUGCUGGAGCUGGGACUCCAGCUGGAAAAUGCUGAAGACAUCAUCCAUAGUCUACUGGGCCCCAAAUCCUUCUGGAGGCAGGAAGAGAAGAGAGAGGCUGAGCCAGAGAAUUCUUGGGGGCCAGAGCCAGACCUGGACAGCUCUGACUGUCCGGGAGAAAGAUCCAGAAAGAUGAAGGACCUCCAGGAGAAGGUAGCCCAGCGGUACAGGGCAAGACGAGCACCAAGCUGCCGGCUGAGUGUCAAAGUGUUCGGGCACGAGCUGAGCUUCCUGGACUGUGGGCCUCUGGGGGACCACGGGAGACGCUGGUCUCUGCACCUGGCUGAACUUGCCAUGACGUUCCUCAAGGGGCAGGAGAUGCAGGUGACCCGGAGACUGUAUCUGGCUGUGGGGGAGCUCUUCUUUCCCACAAUGUCUGGCAUUCCAGCCAGGCUCACCAUACAUGCCUUGGCCACUGUCAGCAUCCAUGUCCAAGGCGUGGCUGACUUUCAGCAACUCUCAGAUUUCUCCCUGAGGGGUUACUUCAAGCCCAGUGUCCUCCUUCAGGUCUCGGCUCAGAUGGGCACUGCAGGGACCCUGGGGCAGGCCGGGCUCAGGUGGUUGACCCGUGUCCGUGGCACCGCCAGCCUAGACGGUGGGAUCCAAGCGAGGAAGGGUCAGAACCUCAGAGUGCAUCUGAAUGCCCCAGAGGACUCAGUGGAGCUACUCAGCUUCAGCUCCAGGCUGUAUCUUGUCACCGGGGACAGUGUGAAGAACCUAAGUGAAGGUCACCGCUUCUCCGAGUCCCGGUCCUGUACCCAUGAAGCGUCCCAAGCCUGGGGUUUGCAGCUGUGUGCUAAUGUGGCCUGGCCAGGGCCCGGUCAGCCCUCCCUGCUCUCGGCACCUGUGUUCGCCAAUUUGAUUCUGAAGAAGCAGGACCCAGGACUUCAGCUGUACCUGCUGGAAGCUGCCUACACCCUCCAUUUCCAGAAGGACAGUUGGCUCCCUGAAGAAGCCACAGCCCACCUCUUCAUGGGUACACCCCAGUCAGGCGUGGCCAGGGAUGUGGGCAUGGACAUCAGCUACAGCGUGCCGCAGAGGAUGUGUCGGCUCAAGCUGCUGCACCCCAAAAAGAAAAUCCAGCUGGAUGGUAAGAUGGAGGUUCUCAAGAGUACACGCAUGGGCCAUCUGGAGCUGGUGCUCGACGACAAGGAUGUCUAUUACAUCAAGGGCCAGAGUGACCUGCAGCCAGAGUCGGGCAACAAGACCCAGCGCUUUGAGGCCCAGGUGGAGGCAAAGUUGGUGACAGCAGGCCGACCUAUAGUCCUUGAUGGGAACAUCACGUGGCAGGCAGGCAGCAGGCUGUCCAUCUCUGCAUCUCUGAGGCGCAUGCUGAAUGACCAGGCUCACUUAACAGUGUUGCUGGAGAAGAAGGCGGAGGCUGGGCUGCAGUCGGCCACCUUGGACAUCCAGCUGCAGGUUCCAGGUGUGGCAGAACUCCACAUGCAGGGCCUGCUGGAGCAGCAUGGCCCUGUGGGAAGCAGCACCCUGAGGAUCAAGUACGGCCUCCUGGGUCAGACGAGGCGUGUUGCCCAUGAGUGCAGUACCCACCAGAGGCUGAGGCUGGAGAAUGGCCCCAAGGACACCCGUGAGUUGGAGCUGGCCCAUGAGUUCCACUGCACACAGCUCCCGGUCAUCAGUCACAAGGUCCAGCUACAGUACACACAAGGCCUGGACCACCUCCGCUGGCUGCUGGAGGCCAGCUACGGGGAGCGGUGGGCUGAGAGCAGCAACAAGAGAUUCUUGCACAUCAGCCAGACCUUCAAGAACGAUUCCGGACCAGCACUCCGCAAUUACUUCCUGGAGUUUGCACUGCAGGUCCCGGAGAGGCGGGUGGCCUGCCUCACACAGCUGUUCCACUUGAGCCUCCGGCAGCCCCAUGUCAAGAGCAGCACAUACCUGAAGGUGCUGCUCAAUGGGCAGGGGCCCUUGGCUGUAGGCUUGCACUGGAAGGACACAUCCAGGACCGUCCUGUGGAGAUGGGAAGGAGACUUGACCUUGGACAGUCCAUGGCUCACAGUGUCGGCAGCUCACAGGCUCUACUGGCCACACUGGGCCGAGUUCCAGGCUGUCUCAGAGCUGACGCUGGCCAAGGCCUGGACCCUCAAGGAUCUGGUGGUCAGCAUGACCUGCAGGAGCCAGGGCCAUGACAGGGAAGUCAAGAUCCAGGUGUACACUGAAGCCAACACCUAUCUCUGGGUUUCCAUGGUGACAACCUUGAUGCCAGGCCUGUUCCACAGCAGGAGUGAGCUCCAGUCAGCCUGGAGUGCAACUGUGCAGAGUGAGGUCCGUGCAGAGAGCAGCCAGCCCAGGAAGGUCCUGCACUGCUGGUUGAAGAGUCUCCAGCGGGAGCUGAACCUCACAGCAGCCUACAAGCACACAAGGAAGCCCCAAAAGACCUAUGUGCUGCUGACAGUCCUGGGGACUGGUGUCCUGGGCCAGCCUGGAGGCCUGCAGCUGGAGGGAGAGCUGGAGCAGCUGCAGAGAGGCAAGGCAUUGUACCAGAAGCAGGGAACAUUGCUCCUCAGGCACUCCUGGCACCUCCUGGUCCCUCGGAGCCUCCUCUUGCAGGGGACCUUCACGGUGGACAAACAGCGCCAGCGUCACUUCCUGGAGACCAAGGCUAUCCUGAACGGCCAGGAGGAGAUCCUACACACUGUGGUGCUGGGCUGCCAGGCUGGACACCCCUAUAUCUGCACAGGCCUGACCCACCCCUUUGAUGAUAAGGCUAUCCCCAGGAGUCUCGAGGGGUGCCUGGAGGCUUGGAAUCUGAGCAAUGCUAAGAACAGUGAGGUCAAGGCUACAUUAAAAGUCAACCAGAAAGUCAUUCUGCAUCUGAAGGGUUUACACCAGGGCAGCUCUCAGCACAGAGGGAUCCGGCACAGCGUGGCUUUGGAUGCCACCCAUUCCUCCCAGACCCUCCGCUUGAACGGUGGCUUUGACCUCACAUGGCCUCGACAAGGAGCAUUUGACUUCAGCGUGCGUGUACAAGCUGCUACCAACCACAGUGCCACAUCCCAGGUCUUGGUCCAGCUGAACAAAUCAAGCUCCCACUUGGCAUUUUUCUUGCAGCUCCAUCCUCCAGACGGCCUUGCCUUCCCACCCAGCUUACAGGUACAGGCUGCCACAGUACGUCACAAGGAACGCAGAGUGGACAUGUCCCUGUCUGUGCACGUGUCCGGCCGUGAGCUGCUUCUGUUAGAGGUGGACACCAGCAAGCAACACAUCAGGAGCCGCUGGGGCUGGGACUUGAGGGUCUCUCUCCACCAGGCUGUCUUCAGCACCCCCAGAGUCCUUCAGCUACAGCUGUCCUCCAUGGUCACCCCAGCAAGGGCACAGCUGUUUUCCAAGGUGCUGCUGGACCAGGACUCAGCACAGCUGCUCCUAAGGAUAUCUGAGGGGAGACGAGAAGGCUGGGUCCUCAGCCUGCGGAGCCUUGCCCAGCACUCAGUGGCUGGCUGGACAAAAGUGCCCUCUGUCCUGAGCCUCAGGGGUGUGCUAAAGCAGAAGAUGACAUUCAGAGAAGGUUCUGUUAAGGUGGCCACCGACUCAGCCAUGCUGAGCCUCCUCCUGCGGGAUAAGCAUGAGGAGACAGGGAACAGCAGUUUGCACAGCAUGACCUGCACCCUCAUCCAGAACUGCAGCCAGGCCUUGCCAGCAGAGCUCCAGCUGAGAGGACGGUGGCAGACCUCCUCCGGAGCCCUCAGGGACCAGGCCAGUGUCCGUGGUGACUUGAUCAGCCUGGCCCUGGAUGGGACCUGCACCUGGGAUCCUGGGCAUCGCCAGCUUUCAGGCAUCCUGACUGACAGCUUCAGCCGGCUGAGGGACACAGACACCUGGAGAGGCCCAAGAUGUCUCAGCAAUGGUCUCUGGGGACAGUGGGACUCUAUGAGUCUGUUUUGGGGCUCAGGAGUCCUGCAGAAUUCUAGCUCCGUUCUGACCCAUUCUGGAUUGGGCUCUUUUGAUCUCGCUUUGCUUCUACCCACUGCCAUCUGUCCUGGUGUCUCUCCUGUAGGAACAGCCUCCAAGGCUGGGGUGCAAGUAACUGAUGCCCAGGAUUCUCCCAACCACUCAGCACAGAUGGAAUGGUGGAGUGCAAACUGUCACCUCGAUGGCCACCUUAACUCCUCAGGCCCCAUCAUGCCCAGCCACAGGCCCUGGGCCCUCCCCUUCUCCAUAUAUGGCCAUGGGCACAUCCAGGUCCGCUGCAGUGGAGACACCUCACCUGCUCAGCUGUUGGGUCCGCGCCAGGGGAACACUGACGAGUGGCCUCGCCAGUUACCAGAGUCUGACCUGGUCUCCAUGGACGUUCGUGAUGGUGCCGCCAGCUUUGAGCACUCCACACAUAUCUCAACAGGCCCUAUGUCCAUCAACUGCUCUGUCAACUACUGGGCCCAUGACAGCCGUCUGGAGCUCUGGGGCCACAGCCGACAUAACAAUGAGGCCCUGCUGCAGACUGGGGUCCCGGAGAAGCUGGACCUGCAAGCUGAACUACAGAUGCAGGAGACCAAGACGUGGGCCCACGUGGUCCUCCGUGGCAGGGACAGCAAAGUGAGUGUGGAUGUGGCAGCCCUGCUGGCCCGGCGGCCAAACGGCACACUGGAGCUGACAGUGAACACCAGCCACACCGUGCAGGCUUUCCAGAGACUAGGCCUGCCCUUCAACAGCCAGUUACUAUUCCGAGAACUCUGGACCUUGGAAGACAUGAGUUCCUUCCUGCAAAUCACUUGUGACACCCAAGAUAUUCUGUUCCUCCAUGUCCAUGGCCAGAACCAUGCCAACAGUAAAGAGCUGCUGCUGCAGGGCAGGCACCACCUCCCCUCCCUCCUGGGCUGCUGUCCCCGCUCAGCUUCCGCCACAGCCAAGCUCUGGUACUCCGAGGAGGAGACCAAAGGCACUUUUGCCCUAGCGGUGGAGGAGCGCUGUUUCCAUGUCAACACCACCCUGCUGGCUGCUCAGGACAGCCUAGACAAUGUCAUCCAGCUGCAGCAGACCUUCCCCCAGCUCAGCACCCUUCCCACAGAGCUGUCCCUGAGGACCGUGAUCCAGAGAGCACAAGGCACCCAUAUCCUGUACCAGGUGGCGCUAUGGGAUGGCAGGGAGGUGGCCCUCAAUGGGAGCCUCUCCCGGCCCCUCUCAGAGUUCUUAGGGAAUAUCCAUCUUCAGGUGGAGUUCUCCCACCAGCUGUCCCUGUCCCUGCCACGACACUGCAGACUCCACCUGUCCUCAGAGUACUCUAGAGGCAGCCACCAUGGUGACCUGGCUGUGGCCUGGGACAAUAAAGACCAGGUUCAGCAAUCAUGGGACAGAGGCUCCCCUGUGACUCUGGAGGUCACCUGGGCUGACAGGUCCUCUCCGCACAGUGUGGCCUGGGCUAGCUGCCUAGCUGCCUCCCUAGGUCAGCUCCAGGGAACCUGGGGCCUGGGCCCGCUGCAGGCCUGCGCGGCCCUGACUCAGACCCCAGGCAUGUUCAGUGAGCAGCUUGAUCUCUCCUGGGGCCGACGCCGGCUGCAGCAGAACGUGACUUAUGAGAAGCACCAGCCACCCCAGUGGGACAAGAUCCAUGCAGAGGCCACACUAGAGCACAUCCUCCCGGCCUCCUGUGCCCAGCACAGCUUCCAGGGGACGGUGGAGACGGACUACACCCACGAGUUACGCCACACCCUCCGCCUGGGGCUUUGCAACCUGCCCAGGGCCCUCUCCUUCUCCGGGGAGCACAGUCUGGACCAGGGUGCACUCCUGCUGCGUUCUCAGUACCAGCUGGGUCUUGCUCCAGACCCUGACCAGGGCCUGCACUUUAGCCUCACCCUCUACAACCACAGCCGACCUAAUGCACCGGACUUCUCUGGGCAGCUGGAGCUCCAAGGCCCCGGAGCUCAGCAGCUCCUCCUCCUGGGCCGCAUCUCGACCUCGGCUUCCCACAGCUUGGUCCAGCUGGAGGGCAGUGUGGAUAAGGAUGAGAAACUAAGGCUGUUGGUAUCCCGGGCCCUGAGCUGUCUUCAGGCUUCUGUCACCCAUGUAGAAGGGAGCAGAGAAGAAAGUGUGACGCUACAGGCAUGCGCCCACAGGAGAGCCGUGAAGGUGGAGGUCCUGCUCCACAACAGUGGGCAGCAUGCCCAGCCACUGGGCCGCCUGACCCUGCAGGCGGCCAAUCAGAGCCUCGUCCUAGUCGCACAUGGCUGUGAGGGGGCCCUGCUGAGUCACGUGGAGGCCACGAUGACAGCAAUUGGCUCCCGGAUGCGAGCCCAGCUGGAAGAGAAGAUCCAACGCUUGGAUGCCUAUGGGAGAGGGUUCCAGAACCUGGUACAGCCGGUGGGCACCCUGGCCAGAGCAGCAGAUUGCCUGGUGCAAUUGACCCAGGUAGGGCUGGGUGCAGUUCAGGCAGGUGCCCAGGUGGUGGCCACCUUGUGGAGCCGAGGCCAGGCCAGGCUCAAGCUGACCGGUCACCUGCCUCUCUACCUGGAACAGCUGCAGGCAGAGAUGGAGCAGUUGCAGAAUGAGCUGGAACAGCCCCUGGCCACGCUGAAGGAGGCCUACUUGGAGGUGACGCUGCGGCCCCUGGAUGAGGUGUGGCAAGAGCGGGCUGAGGAAGCCAGGCAGUGGCUGCAGGCCGGGCUGCUCAGGCUGCCAGAAAGUUGGAGGCUAAGGCCCAUCCAGGUGGCCCUGGGAGCCAUGAUGGGUGCCCUGGAGCUGGCCACCCACCGUGCACUGUCCUGGGCUGAGGCUGAGGUCUCCUGGGCCUUGAGGAGGCUCUGCAAACCCUUAUGGGACAUAUACAGUUACUCAGCCAGGAACCGCUCCGUGAUGGUAAGGCUACCACUCCUGCCGGGGGACCAGCCCCUGGCUGCGGCCCAGGUGGUCAGUGACCUGGUGGGGGAGAAACUGCUGUGGCCAGUCCGCAAGCUGUAUGAGGCUAACGUGCUGGCUGAGUUCUAUGGGUUCCGGCGGCGUCUGCUGGGGAGCUCCUUCAAGUAUUACGCUGUGGUGGCCGGUGCCAGGUACCUGGUGACUUUCGAUGGACAGGUGUGGGGCCUGGGUCCCUGCUGUGGCAGCUUCCUGCUAUCCAAGGACUUCACUCACCAAACGUUCUCCCUGAUGCUGAGCCGCACAAGCUCGGGGUUCGCGGUCCUUCACGUGGAGCUGAACCACACAGCCCUCGUGCUGUAUCCGAGCCUAAAGGCUUACAAGCUGUAUGACGCUGCCGGGCCUUGGGACGGCUGCUGGGAUUUAGACCCGCCUCCUGCUACGCUGAACACUGGGCCCAAGGUUGAGCUGAGCAGCGAGGAUGGUGUGUCUGUCUCCUGUGACAUGCCAGCAGGCCUCUGCAGCCUGACACUGGGCCUGUGGCACCACGGUGUAUCGGCUGGCCUUCUGGGUACCAACAACAAUGAGGCAGAUGACGAGCUAAUGCUGCCAGAUGGCACGGAUGCUGCCAGCCUGGAGGAGCUCACCCAGGCCUGGCAGGUGGGUGAGGACUGUGAUGCUGUAGAGAGGAUGCAGCAGCCAUGCUCAGGACACAGCACCAUCUGCCAGGCCUUCUUCCAGGAGCCCCGCUCCAGUCUGGGGAACUGCUUCCAGGUGGUGGACCCUGCCCCAUUCCUCAGACUGUGUGUCCAGGACACCUGUGACCCCAUGGAGCUGCAAGCUGCCUGCCACCUAGCGGCUGCCUAUAUCUACCUGUGUGCCCAGGACUCUGUGCCCUUGGCCCUUCCUCUGCAGUGUGGUGGAGCACACACAGGAAACCAGAGAUGCAGAGGCCCAGAGACUAUUGCCACCACGCCAAGUGUCUCAGGUGCCCUAAGGACCCUCUGAGCCUUGUCCACUCAGAACCUGUGCUAGCACUCUGAGGUGACACACCUGUGCCUGUGACCCUGACACAGAGUGGCAGCUGACAGCACAUUUGUUUCUUGAUCCAACCUAGAAGUCAUAGCUGCGGUGAACGACAGGGGAUAUGCCUGAGACCUGAACUCCUGAACUCCUGGGAGUCUGUUUUGUUUUAUUUCUCGAGACAGGGUUUCUCUGUGUAACCAUGAC